UUUAAGUAGGGACUAGAGAGUCAAGUAUUGGACUCUCUCUUUCUCUCUCUAUUGCUACGUAGGUUCGAAGCUCAUUGCUUAAAGUCUUCUUCUUCUUCGCUACUACGGUCUGUGCUGUGAAUUUCUCGAUCUAGAAGCUGUGGUGUUGGUUAUCAAUUCCCAAGUUCUUGGGGGUUUUAAAUCAGCUUCUUUGUAUUUAUCCGGUGGAAGAUUUUGGGUUCGUCCUAAUCGCAACAAGGGCUUUGGAAUUCUGUGAUGGCGGCGCCCUAGCAAAUCAGCGAGUAAAUGUUUUAGGGUUUUGGGUGAUUUCGAAUUUCCAUAUUAAUUUUUAUUGUAUCUUUGUGGCUUAAGAAAUACCCUAGCGAACUGUAUUUUGGCGCUUACUCCUAAAGAGGAAAGUGGAGAAAAGGUAAAGAAAAAAAGUUUGCUUGGUUGAAUUUUUGGAUAUGAUGGUGGCCAAGACGAAUAAGUAUCCUGGGGUUUAUUAUGAUAAUCUCCUUGAGAGAGCUGGUGAAUCUGAGGAGUCUGGUAGCUCAGGACGUUUUGACACAGAAAUUACUGCCUCAGAGGAUUCAAGUGCCCCGAUGAGGAAGUGCAUUAGUUUGAAUUCUAAAGACGGAGAUGUUUAUGGUGUCCCCAUGCAAGUUCUUCCCUUGUCAAACAUGUUGCCUUAUGAGAGAAAGGAUUUAAAACAUAGGUUGAGAUUGGAACUUGAACAGAUUCGAGUACUUAAGAAGAAAGUUGAAUUGCAGAGAACCAAUGGAGUUACAGUAUCCUCUUCCAGUGAUAUUCUUAGCUGUAAUAAUGGACAGAAUGGGCCACAUAUUGAAAAUCUUCGAAAAUCAUCUGCAUCAAAGGGAAAAAAUGCAAAUCCAACAGGUAGUAAAGCAGGAUGGAAUCGAAGUUCAUCUGGGAGGUUUGAGCCACAAAAUCAGAAAUCAGCACCAAGCGCUGCGAAUGUGCUUUUGAUGAAACAAUGUGAGACAUUGUUGAAACGAUUGAUGUCUCAUCAGUAUGGUUGGGUUUUCAAUACACCUGUUGAUGUAGUGAAGUUGAACAUUCCAGAUUAUUUAAACGUUAUCAAGCAUCCAAUGGAUUUGGGGACAGUAAAAAGCAAGAUAGAAUCUGGGUGUUACUCAUGCCCAUUGGAGUUUCUUGCUGAUGUGAGGCUUACUUUCACCAAUGCAAUGACCUAUAAUCCACCUAAAAAUGAUGUACACGUUAUGGCUGACUCACUCAGUAAAUUUUUUGAAGUUAGGUGGAAAGCUAUUGAGAAGAAACUCCCAAAAAGUGGGCCCCAACUUUUACCAGCAAAAUCAGGUCCUCGUGAAAAUGUGGAAAUGGCUAAGCCAAUGCCUCCCUCCAAAAAAAGGAAAGUUAUACCAACACAGCCUGAAGUCAUUCCAGCUCCUGCUAAGCGAGUAAUGACGGUGGAGGAGAGACACAACCUAGGUAGGGAAUUGGAGUCAUUGCUUGCUGAAAUGCCUUUGCAUAUUAUUGAUUUCUUGAAGGAGAACAGUUCAAAUGGAAAGGAUUCUGGAGAGGACGAAAUUGAGAUUGACAUUGAUGAUCUCAGUGAUGAUACCCUGUUUACAUUGCGGAAGCUUUUAGAUGACUAUUUGCUGGAGAAGCAGAAAAACACUUCAAGAGCGGAGCCUUGUGAGAUAGAGCUUUUGAACGAAUCGGGGUUGAGCAAUUCUUCUAUGCAACCUUGCAAAGAGAACGACCAAGCUGAUGUUGGUGGAAAUGAGCCUUCUGUCUCAAGCUAUCUUCCCGUAGAGAUAGAAAAGGAUACAGGCCAUAGAAUCAAUUCAGAUUCUAGUGGUUCUUGUGAAAAUGAGUCUCAUGGUGCUAACGCCUUAAGUCUGGUGAAUGCUCCUAAGGUACCAGAAACUGUAGACAUUGAAGCUCAGUUAGAUGAAAAGGCAACUAGUGGUGAUCCUCUUGAUAGAAAUCAAAAAGAAAGCAACGAGUGGAUAAAAGGUGUACAGAGUGAUGGAGAUGUGGAACCUGUGUCUGAUAGCGGGUUGGACCAAGUUGAACAAGCUUCUAAGCAAAAGCCAGGAUCUGCCGAGUCAGAUUGCCGUGAAGAUGGGGACAGCACUCCAACUGACAGGCAGGUCUCCCCUGACAAGCAGUACAGGGCUGCUCUCUUGAAGAAUCGAUUUGCUGAUACCAUUUUACGUGCUCGUGAGAAAACUCUUACUCAGGGUGAGAAGGGGGAUCCUGAGAAAUUGCGGCGGGAGAGGGAGGAACUUGAGCUGCAGCGAAAGAAAGAAAAAGCACGGUUAGAAGCUGAAGCGAAGGCUGCAGAAGAUGCACGAAGACGAGCUGAAGCAGAAGCUGCAGCUGAGGCUAGACGGAAAAGGGAGCUUGAGAGGGAGGCAGCAAGGCAGGCAUUGCUGCAGAUAGAAAAGACUGUUGAAAUCAAUGAGAAUUCUCGGUUUUUGGAAGAUCUAGAAAUGCUUAGGACUACCUCUGCUGAGCAGUUACCUAGCUCUGUGGACGAAACGAGUCCAGAUCAUUUGCAGGAUGGCUUAGGCAGUUUUAAGUUUGGUGGCAGUAACCCCUUGGAACAACUUGGCUUGUACAUGAAAGUGGAUGAAGAGGAGGAAGAAGGUGAGCCAUCUAGUCUUCCCAAUGGCAUCAAUGAUAUUGAAGAGGGAGAAAUCGAUUAAGUCCUACUGCUUUUGUAUUCAUCAGCGAAUUUAGAGGCAAUAAUAGAUUAUUUUGAUACCGACCAAUAUAUAUAUAUAUAUAUCUUUUUAGUGUA